CUUUCAGAGUGGGUCUUUUGAUAGAGAGGGCUUGUGUUUAAAAUGGGUUCCCCGUUUGAAUAAGUAUGGCGCUAUGAAAACACAUCUUCAAUCUGUUAAAUAAUAUGAAGCGGAAGGUGAUGAGUAAUUCAAUACCUGUGUAUGGCCUCAACCCUUUGACUUGGGUUGGAAAGACGACCUGACUGUGAUAGAGGCAUACUACGAUGUUGGGUACUCAGUGGUGCUGAUGUGUGGGGUAUAACACAAAGAUGUCUGCCAUUCAUAUAUUGCAUUAUUCUCUCAUUGUAGGAACAUGCUUUGUCUCUCACUAUGCUGUAGCACAGAAUAAUACAGUCGGGCAAGCCCCGUGGUCUGUUCGUCUGAUGGGUGGUAUCUAUGAAUCUGAAGGGCGGGUUGAAGUUUUCUAUGACAACCAAUGGGGUUCUAUAUGUGACAGCCUGUGGAGCAUCGAGGACGCCAAUGUUGUCUGUCGGCAGCUGAAUUACAGUGGAGCAGACCUAGCAUUGGUGGCGGGUCAGUACGACGAAGGUCAAGGUGUCGUCCUGUUUAGUAACAUGGAAUGUAAUGGAAUGGAGAGCAAUCUUUCAACUUGUAAAUAUGAUCUUGUGGAUGUUACACAUUGCGACCAUUCGAGAGAUGCUGGUGCCGUGUGCACGAGUCAGGGAAGUCUUCGCCUAGCCGGUGGGUCUGUACCUGGAGAGGGUCGCGUGGAGAUUCUGGGAGAAUCUGGAGACUGGGGUACAAUAUGUGAUGAUGGAUGGGAUAAGACCGACGCAGGAGUAGCAUGUAGACAGCUAGGAUACCCAGAUGCUUUAGAAGCCAUAGUCAACGUAGGUUAUCCCAACACACAGCCAGUCUUUGGUUCGGGAUCUGGUCCUAUUCUUCUUGAUGGACUCCAUUGUGAAAGUGAAAAGCGACAUUUAAGAGAUUGCCGGGUCACAAAACAAUGGGGAAUUCACGACUGUACUCAUGGCGAGGAUGCAGGAAUAAAAUGCGACAUGGGACUUACCCGACUUGUAGACGGCGAUUUUGACGAUGAAGGCCGCGUUGAAGUUUACUAUGGGGGUAAAUGGGGAAAAAUCUGUUCUACCAAUUGGACCAUUGAUGAUGCCCAUGUUGCAUGUAGAGAACUUGGAUUCCCUCUCGGAGCAAGGAACACGAAAAUAUUUGAGGGAGGCGAUGGACCUUUUCUACUGGACGACAUGAAAUGUCAAGGAGUUGAGACCCAUUUAGCCGAUUGUGAAUCUUUAGGAUGGGCCAACAACCAAAACUGUGAUGCCAACCUUAACUAUGGUGCAGGCGUUGUGUGUAAUGAUCCUUCGGCCGUUGUGAGACUCCUAAGUGGAUCAAGCAGCUAUGAAGGUGUAGUUCAAUACCAAAAUAGAUCUGAACUUGGUUUGAUAUGUGAUCCUGAUUGGAGUGAUAAAGAAGCAGAUGUGACCUGUCGACAGCUAGGAUACCAGUACGGAAGAAGUGAAAAGCCAGUUUCACUUGGACCAUUAUCUGGAACCAUCUUUUACUUGGACUAUCACUGUAACGGAACUGAAGAGCAGAUAGGAGAUUGUGUGUAUACAGUAAAGUCGAAUGAUGUCCAAUGUAACCCUGAUCACAUCGCACAAGUUUUCUGUGGACCACCGAUAGACUUUGACCUACGAAUGGUUGGGAGUGAUUUCACUGAGCAAGGUCGUCUUGAAGUCUUUCUUAAAGGCGAGUGGGGGUACGUAGCUGCAGGAUACUAUUCCUCUAUAGACCGUGAUACAGUCUGUCGCCAUCUUGGAUAUGCAGGUGCCUUUUACACCUACACGACUGAAUUUGCUCGUUCUUCUCGUCCAAUUCUUAUAGACGAUAUAUCAUGUGGUGACAAUGAUAUGAAGAUAACUGAUUGCUACAUACUAGAGUUGAGCGGACCUCAUUCAACCCAACAGGAGCGUGAUGAAGUCAGUGCACUCUGUUUUCCAUACGCAUCCUAG